AUGGCUAUUGUCUCUUCUCUCCAUUCUUGUAAUGCCAGGCGCUGCGUGGUUCUAUCGGCGCUAGGGCGCGCCAGCGGCAGCGAGGUCAGCGAUGCCGCGGCGCUCGUGCAGCGCGAGCUCCGGAAUGGUGAUCACCGCAAGGCGCUGGCGCUGGCGGCUGCGCGAUUGCGGGCGUUUGGAGCAGCGAGACAGGUCCCGCAGAGGAUUUACACGCUGGAGGAGCUGCGGCUGAACGGCAUCGACACUGCCAGAUUUCUAUCGCCUGUGGAUUUCACGCUCGGAACGGUGAGGAGAAAUCUCCAGCUCGCAGCUUUGGCGGGAGGGAUUGCAGCAUGGCAGCUCUUCCACCUUGAUCAGUUCCAGCUGCUCAUCGGUGUUGUUGUUGCUCUUUUUGUUGGAACUUUGGAUCAGAUUGUCUACAAUGGUGGUGUGGAAGCGUUGCUCCUUGACACUCUCGGUCGUGUUGUAAGCGGCAAGUACAAGAAUAGAGUAGCUCAGCACGAGGCAGGGCAUUUCCUGGUGGCUUACUUGAUGGGAAUUUUACCCGCGGACUACACAUUGUCAAGCCUUGAUGCCUUCAGAAAGAAUGGCUCACUGAAUGUCCAAGCCGGGACAAGUUUCGUGGAUUUCGAGUUCCAGGAGGAAGUAAACACUGGAAAGCUAUCUUCUGGGACUUUAAACAAGUAUGCUUGCGUUGCGCUGGCUGGUGUAGCAACAGAGUUCCUUAAGUUCGGACUUGCAGAAGGGGGACUAUCAGACAUCCAGCAGCUGGACGAGCUUCUCAAACGGCUCAACUUCACGCAACUCAAGGCCGAUUCCCAGGUGAGAUGGGCCGUUCUCAACACUGUCAGCAUCCUCCGGAGGCAUCUGGCUCUUCACAGCAAGCUUGCCGAGGCCAUGGACGCUGGUAAAAGUGUAGGCCAAUGCAUCGAGCUCAUUGAAACUGAGCUCGCGGGAUGCACGGACCUCUAAAGCUCCACAAUAUCAACGUUAAGUGUUAAGUGUG